AUGCCUCAGCAAAUUCCUCCCGUUGGCUUUCCUUUCCGUAUCUUCUUUGAGAAGAAAAACAAGUUUCUCGCCGCGGAAGAUGAUGUGGCUCUCGUGGAUCCUGACGUUCAGUCGGAUAACCAACUUUUUGUUCUUGGGGAAUCGCCCAGCAAACAAACAAGCGACAUGUUCAUGAUCGAAAGCUUCAAAUGUGGCCGUGCCUUGCAACUGGAUAAGAACUCCAAGAAGCUCACCCUUGCUGAGCUUCAACCGAGCUAUGAUGGCCAAUGGUUUAGCCUGACUGGAGGAACUGGCAAUUCGAAAGAUUUACUUUCAGCUGGACCAAAAUCUCCGGCUGCUAUCGCAAUAGGUGACGCCAUAUUCAUUAUCGACUUCAGUCGUGGGGAUGUGGACGUCGCUGUAACUUACGAUCUCAAGGUCGGCAAGAUCUCCCAGACAACCCCUGCCUUCAUCGCAAGCCAAACAGUUAAGAACGACAGCGAUGCGACUCAAACGCCCUCGGUGAAUCUGAGUGCCACAAAAACCGUGACAAAGUCGUUUACCUAUUCAAUGGGGUUUCAAAUCACUAUCGGAACUAAGUUCAGAGCCGGUGUGCCUUCCGUAGCUGAAGGUGAAAUCAGCUCCGAGAUUAGCCACCACCAGGACUUCGAAUGGGGCACAGCGACAACUGAGGGAACCACAGUCGGAUACUCUGUUCCUGUGACCGCGCCUCCGCAUUCCAAAGUCAAAGCUACAGCCGUUGCGAAAACCUCCGUGAUUGACGUUCCUGCCAAAAUACGUUUCUCAUCCCGAAGAAGCUCGACGUUUCUGGAGACCGAUAUUGUGUACCGCGGUACUACCUACUGGGAUUUCAAUGUCACCUAUGAGAACGUCUGA